AUGAAUCAAAUUGAAGUGUUGACAAGUUCUCGAGGAAAUCCGAUGUUAUGCUAUUCAGGUUAUUUAUACACUCAGCAUAGUAUGACAGAGAAAAAACGUGUAUUUCGUUGUGAAGAUCGAAAUUGUAGAAGUCGUUGUCAUACGAAUACUCUGAUGGAAGUGUUUGUCAAAGAACCAUCGGAGCAUAGUCAUGCACCUAAUCCAGAUCGUGUUCAUGUUAUUCGAUUGAAACAUGAAAUUAAAGCCCGUGGUUCAUCAUCGGAUGAAGCGAUCAGCAUUAUAUUAUUUGAUGCAUUACGUAGUAUUCCAUUGAAUGCAGUUCCUGGCUUACCAACGAACAAUGCAUUAAUGCAAACAAUUCGUCGUCAUACAUAUAAUUAA